AACGCAAAAGAAGAGAGGGAAAGCAAAAGACGAAAAAUUCAAAAUGAACCCCACUUUCUGACAUCCCUGAACCGCAGUUGUCUCUCGCCAUCUCUCGCCAUCCAUUGUCUAGAUCUCUUCUCCUCCAUCACCGGAAGAAUGAAGAGGGGCAACCGCCGAACAAAGCGCGCCGGCGCCGCCGACUCUCCAUCACCAUCUAAGUGCGGGGAAAGCGACAAGCAGCCGCAGCCGCAGCAGAAUCACGAGAGUAGGAUACACGAUUUGGAGAGGGAAAACCAGGAUCUAAGGAAAGAGGUCGAGGAAUUGAAGCACAGGCUGGGAAACGAUUCCCCAGCUUCAGAUGGCAAGAUUCAGAAGCUCUAUGAAGGCGCGCUCGAAAAGCUGCGCAUUCUUGAUGAACAGGCUAUGGAUUUGAAGAAGAAACUCAAUGCUCAAUCUCAGUUUUCAACUCAAAAGCAAAAGACAGCAGGGCGACAGCCAGAGGAUGUGAUCCAGAGAUUGAAGGCUCAAAAGGUCCAACUUCUCUGCAAGAUCAAGCUGGACUCUGUGCAAUUCAGGCUGUCAAAAGCUUCACUAGAGAAAGAGGUUCUCCAGGCAUUACUUCCGUUGACAUAUCAUGAAUUAGUUGUUUGUGUUUCCGAGUUCCGACUGUGUUAUGUUUUGGUACUACAGAGGAAACAAGAGGAAGCUUCUGCAGCAACAAGGAAACUUAAUGAGUUCUUACAGUCUAGGAAGACUUCAUCUCAAAGAAGUUCAGGUUCUCAGAAAGAUGGGAGUCCUGGAAGUCAGGCCCUUGAGAUUGAGCUGAAAGUUACGGAAAGGGUAGAAGACAUACGUUGCGACUUUGAGCGUCAAAUGGAAGAGAUGGCAGAAGAAGUAAAGAAAUAUGAGGAAGAAGCUGAGAUGCUAAGGCAAGAGAAUUUCAGGUUCAUGUUGCAGGAUAAAGAAAACGACUGCAUGGCUAGAGAUUCAGAGUUGAGAGACUUAAAAGAAGAAGUGUUCAAACUAAGUACCAUGGUGAACCAGAUGCCAAUAGUAAGGGCACGGCCUGUUCACUCGACAAAACCACAGGAUUUGAGUCGUUCUGUGUUGUUCGAGACACCCGCAGUGGAUUCAGAAACUUCUGAUAAUGUCCCCACUAGGGUGAAAUCCGCACUAGGAGGAUGCUGCUCUUGCAGUAAAAACUCACUGUGCAAGACAAAUAAGUGCCAAUGCCGAGCUGCUAAGGGCGGUUGUGGUGAAGGCUGUCGUUGUUCAAUUGCAAAGUGCACAAAUGGGAAGCGUUUGGCCAAGAAGGAUAGCUCACUGCCAUCAGUCAUAGCUCAGGACUUGGUCCAUUCUUCAGGCAGCGAGAAUACGUUGGAUGCGACAUCUCCCAAUCAAGAGACGGAAAGACAGCCCUUUUCCGAAAUCGGAAAUGUUCAGGGUUGCAAGUCUGUAGAGGAAACCAAGAUGGAGAAGGCAUCCACACAUCUUGAAAUGGAGCAACCAACAGGUAACCCGGAAAGCCUGAAACCAGUUGCUGAUAAAACUGGCGCUGCUCCACCAGAUAUGUUUAGGAAGUUGACAAGGGCCAUGCGGUCUGCCGUGAUCGGGAAGUAACAUCCUCGAACACAGAAGAGCACCAAAUUCUGACCAAGUGAUUACCACAAAAAUUGAUUCUUGAGGCUUCUUGCUUCAGACCGUUCAUAAAUUGUUGUGAGACGAAAAGCAAUGGCAGUCGACCCACGAAAAAAAUAGAAAAGGAAUCAAUUACAGCGUUGUAGUCUUCCAGAUUCGUGUGCGUUGUUUGAGACUUGAGAGAGUUUUAAGGUGGGGAGGUGACCAAGGAAAUGAGUGUGUUUUGCAUGUUGAUCCAUUGCAGGAGGUGCCUUUCUCCCCCGAGUUAAUGUGCUUCCAAAUUCAUGAAAAAGUGUUUAAGUCAUUAGGUAUUAGUUGGAUGCAAAAACAAUUUUUCUAAGAUGACAUGUUUGUUUUUUAUUGUUAGGUGUUACAGGAAUACGAACUCGAGAUCUUCAUGUUGAAGCUAAAACAAAUUUUUGUUCACUUG